AUGGGGACAGAGAAGAAGAGGAGAAAGCGUUGUAUUCUAAUAUCAGGAGAAUCACAACAAACACCUGUGCAGAACCCCAAUGACACCCUGACUUCCACCACUCAGGCUACCGCCAGCAAGACGAACAGUACCUGCCCCCCCACCGUCAUCCCAUCCACCUACAUCCCUGCCACCUGCCCAACCCCUCCUCGCUCUCUGGGCCUCCUCUCAGUCAACUGGACGAGUGAAUGUGAAGGAGAGGUGGUCCUGCACUUACUCCCCCUCAACCACUCCUACCACGUCUGUUACAACGAUCACUCUGUUUACAAGACUCUGCUGAGCUCGUGGUGUGCGGGGCCGCUGAGCUUGGGGGGGAGCGGGAAGAAGCAGAAGGGUUUUGACAUCACAGAGCUCAGAAAGAAGGAGGACUGUGAGAGUCUGACGCUACAGUGUAAAACUCGGACAGAUGUGCAGGCUCAGCUGCAAGCCUACAAAGUGGUGACGGCUCUGCUCUGCUGCGUGCUGAUCGUCCUAUUCCUGAUCCGCUUCACCAGACCGACCGUCAAAGCCCUGCAGAGCCGACUUUCAGACAGGAGACAGAAUCGCUGGAUUGGGCCCACACAGAGUCACAGCGUGUCAUACCAUCGAGGGAAAGGAACAGUUCAAGACCCAGACAGAGAGAAGAGACUGUCCUACCCUGCUCUGGAACGUCUGACUGUCAGUGACAGCAGAGAGCCUUCAUCCAACAGGAACAGUGGCUACAACUACUGAGCAUCAUCACCAUCAUCAUCAUCCCCAUCAUCAUCAUUAUCCCCAGCAUGAACACGUGUUGUGUAUGUGAUUGUUUCUGGAUCAAAUAUGUUUUCAGUUUGCUGAGGAAACACUGGCAUAGAAACAUCAUUUAGGAUCAUGUACCAAUGAGGAAGUGUUUGUUUAAAUUAGCAUUUAUCUCACCGUUCUAAUCUGCAGUUAAUAUUUCCAACCACUAAUCUAUAGGAUUGAAGUAAACACCAAUCUGCAUCUGUUUUAUAGGUUAAAGGUUAGAUUAGAAUGAGCAAUAUGAAUUUGUAAGAUGUAUACAUUUGUGAUAUUUUAAUAAAAAAACUAUUUGAUUUCAGAAAUAUUCAUCAGUUAUUACUGAACACUGUGCUCAUUCAUGCUGGUGUUAGCAGUUAGCAUCAGAGCUAUGUUUCAGCCUAAAAACAGCUGCUGGGUUCAGUGAAUAAGGCAGCAUCUCAGGGAGAAUUGAUGUUUGGAGUUACACUUGGAAAGAAUAGUAAUUAGUGGUAAUUAGUUAGCUAACAAACCAUGCCACAAAAAUCAGACAGCUGUAUAUAUAUUCUUUUACUUCAAGCUAUGCUAGCAGUUUCAUCUGUCUUUCAUAGGGUUGCCACCUUGGAUUUGUGAAAAAAAGGGACACUCGACCAGUUGUUUAGGGCGGAGGGAUUGGACACUAUGACCAGUUCAGACUGACCAAAUUAACAUGACAUUUGGACAUGGGACACACUGCAAUCUUGUCUUCUUCUGGUGAACCUUUUUUGUUGAUAAAAGUUGCAUGGCUACCUGUUUUGUUUGUUUGAUACCACAGCUUGUUGCUUUUUUGUUUUUGCUUGGAUUUCCAAUGCGUUUUUCCCUUCAUAAUUUACAGAAAGUGUCACCCAGUCAGGAUUCUAACUAGUAUAUAAUUUUUUUCCUGCUGGUGGCUUGCAUGUAUUUGCUCCAUCUCCUUCCUCGUCAGUCGUCUCUCCUCCCAAUUUUAAAUGGAGACGCCAAAAGUUGGUGAAAAGAAGACCUCGGCACGGAGGACGUCGGCCAAUUCAGCUUGCUGUCUCUCUUUGGUCAAGUUUCCCUCCCUGCUUGAGCCGCUUUGAGCGCUAGGGCGUGCGUGUGACAUACGCAUAGACGGGAAGAAAACAGAGAGACUUUUAAACAGCCGCAGAAGCACAGGGGACCUUUGUGUCCUGGGUGAGAUUUUUAUUUUCCGGGGACAGCUGGUGAAAAAAGAGAACAAUUCUGGGAAAAACAGGAUGGGUGGCAACUCUAGUCUGUCAGACUAUGUUCUAAACUAAGCUAUGCUAGGUUAAACACAUUCAGGACCUGUCUAUGUCCUGGGCAAACAUAUUCACUGACACAGAUUUUCAGUCAGAGAAGAUUACAACAGUUUAAAGUUUAAUCAUGUAAACCUCAGUGGUCGGGUGAUCAGUGUGUUUCUCUGAUGACGGUCAUGUGGGUAGUUCUUGUUUCUGUGAAGUUUGUGAUUUCCGCUGAAUAAAGGGUCUGAUUUCAA